AUGCUUUCGUGCACAACGAACUGCCUCACCCCAGUCGUGCGAAGGUCAUUCACGGCCAACUUUGGCAUCCUUGAAGGUCCCAUGAUUACUGUUCAUGCCGUGACUGCCACCCAGAAGACUGUCGACGGCCCAUCUGGCAAACUUUGGAGAGACGGAAGAGGCGCUGGACAAAACAUCAUUCCCGCGUCGACCGGAGCAGCCAAGGCCGUCGGAAAAGUUAACGUCUCUCUGUCGUUGAUCUCACCUGCCGCCUUGAGAAGCCAGCCGACAUGGAGACCAUCAAGAAGGUUGGCCGGGCGAAGCCGCGGAGGGACCACUAAGGGAAUUCUCGCUCACACUGAAGAUCAGGUCGUGUCGACUGACUUCGUUGGAGAUACGAACUCGUCGAUCUUUGAUGCUGGAGCUGGUAUUUCCCUCAAUCCACACUUCGUCAAGCUUAUUUCAUGGUACGACAACGAAUAUGGCUACUCAAACCGUGUGGUCGAUCUCAUCUCGGCACAUUGCGAAGGCCUAAAGAAAAUUUUGAUGGCACUAGGACCCAAUGAUUGCUCUCAACAACUAUCCGACACAUUUGUCAGUCUACCGCGAAGAGAAAAGGGACCCGAAUAUCGCAGACCGCUAUGUGGGAAAAUCAGUUAUCAUACGGCUGUACUGAUCAUCGCUACUUUAGAGGGAGCAUUUUGGCUCUAUGAAUUUAUACUUUUCCUUUUCAGUAUCAUUCAUCAUCACAAAUGGUGGAGCCUUUUGCUGACAGGAAUCGCCCUAAUACUCACUUUCUUUGCUAUAGGCUGUCUAGUUUACGGAGCUCUCAAUAAACGACCAGGAUUCGUACAGAUUCACUUGAUGUAUAUGAUUGUUUCUAUAGCAUGGUUGCUAGCAUUGGUACUUGGAUGUCUCGCUCUUACAGUAUUACCGUAUCCAACAGUCAAUAACUAUUUUGGCUAUGAUGGUAGUCAAAAAGAUGCUCGAAUAUUCGCUAUUGUGAUGGUUUGUGUUCUUGUCUUGAUGAUGAUAUCAAGGAUUUUUAUGACAAUUGUCAUCUAUCGUUAUUGGAGAAUUGUCAAAUAUCAAGUCACUCGGACAGAGAGUCUUGUU